AUGGCAUCGACGCCGGUCCGCGUUGUCUGCUUGACUUUUCUCAUGGCCACGGUCUGGUCCUGCGCCGGCUCCGAGCCAAAUGCCACCCUGGUUGCAACCGAUUUCGCCGCCACAAUCCCGAAAGACGGGCUUCCAGCGGACGUUGAGGAAACCUUUUACCUCCUGCCAUCCCAGACCCUCGCGGUUCUCGACUUCACCAACACUGCGGCUUUUUUGCCAGCGAGCAGCGACAGCUCAACAAGAUCGACGGGCGACGUCAGCAGCAGUGCUUAUGUAUUUGAGAAUGGAGAGUGCAACUUCGACGAGAUCAUCGAGUACACGCAACUCUUUCCUGGCUACGAGGCACCAGUAUGGGUUCGCGCUUCGUCUUCCGUGGAGGGCGUAGAAGAAGAGGAUUCGGCAAGCGUCACGACGUACAGAUUUACGAAUCCUCCUAAGGAAAACUUGAAUGGAGGAGUUAGUUUUUGCGUUAGGUUCAAGGCGGUCAGAGCUCCCUCACCAGACUCAGAAGGCACGUUGACGACCACACAGAAACCUGUUAUCGUGGAAACGGAAACUGCGCCACCAACCUCACAGCCUCCGCAGACGAACGGAGGAUCGUCAGACAACGUAGCAGGAGAAUCGGAUGGCGGCUUGGCAGGAGGAUCGGGUGGCGGAGGCGGGGGAUCAACGGGAGAGGGUAGCACGGUCGCGCCGCCUGCCGCUGGUAAACCUACCGAUGGUGGUCAAAAUGAGAAUACCAGUAGUUCAGGUCAUGGCGAAAGUUCCGGUAUUCCAUCAGGGAGCGUAAGUGACUCCAGUCCUGACGGCGAUGGACACAAGACUGAAGAGCAAUUGCCACAGGAAGAGAAACAAGAGCUCCUGGACGGAUCCUCGAAAGUUGAGGGCGAUUCGCCUUCGGGCCCCUCAGUUUCAUCACCAACCGGAACUCCCGUUCAGAGAGAUGCUCUUGGUAGCGGCUCACUGUCGAGGAGGCUGUCUGAGCAACACGAUACAAAAGAGACGUUCUACCUGACGAUUAAAGUGCAUUCCGCUGCUUGGAGUCUCGCGAACAGCAAGGCUCCACUGUUAAUUGCUCUUCCUCCCAUGGCAGCUGCUAUGCUGCAGAUCUUCUAA